GCCUCCUGUGGUAUCUUGAAAAGUCGCGAUGGCCCCCAAGACGUUGGCGCGGAAUGAAGCGCUCCUCGAUGAGAUGACGAGCUACUCGCUGGGCAACUACGUCAAAGACAUGAUGGCGAUUCUCAUGGAGCGUCUCAUCGUGGACCUGCCCAACGACCCGCUCAACUACCUCAUCGACCUCGUCCAGAACGACCCACGCAUCAUCGCGCUCGACGAGGAGGCGCGCUACAGCCGCAUGGACUUGCGCUCGAUCAAGACCAAGCAAACGCUUCUCAAAGCCAUCUACGACGACCUUAGGGUCUACGAGAAAGCGCCGUUUGUGUCGGCUGUCGUCGCCUCCAAGCUCCUGCGCCAGCACUUUCCGCGCCACGCCAACGACAUUGUGAACGCUGUCGUGCAGACCGAGAAGGCGCUACCACCCAAGGUGACCUUGCGCGACUUUAACACUGUCGCCCUGGCCGUCCUCGCACGGCCGGCGAGUACCUAGUGUUUCUUGCAGCUAGGUAUACGAGCAACGAGACGACAAUAUUGUGCAUCAACUAUUUCGUGCUCGGAAAACGAGAAUAAAGAGAGUGGUGCGAUCAUAGUUGAAUACAAACACAGCGCUCGCCAUGCUAAUUAUCUUUGCCG